CACUCCCACGUAACCCCUCAAAAAAAAAAAAAAAAAAAAGAAAAAAAAAGGAAAAGUCUAACAAAGUCAGUAUAUUCUCGAAUCAUCUCAGCCGUCGAAUCCCAAUCAUACUCACACGUGUCCUUUGAACAAAAGGUCAAAAUUCCACGCGACGUACGCCUCAAUAACCCCAUUUAAUUUAAGUUUAUUUCUCUAAGAAAACGCAAAAAAGAAAAAGACUCAAGUCAAUGCCACUGUCUUAAGUUGGUAGAGACACAAACUACUGUUACAUGGUAGAACCAGAUAGAGAGAGAAAGUUACUGUGAAGAGAGAGAGAGAGAUAGAGAUAGAGAGAGAAACUACUGUCUUGUACUGCACAAGAGUACCCUUACAGAGAAAGGAAGAUUGGGAAUUGGGAUAAUCUUCCAUACGACUUUUGAGAUCCAGGGGAAGAUCAUCACAUAAAUAAAAAUAAAAAUAAAAAUUUUUGAGGUACAAAACAUGAACAUCUUUUUCCUCUUGAUCAUUUGACUCGAAUCUCGAUUUCGGAGAUAUAUUCUUGUAGAUACUUGUAUAUUUGUGUGUUUCUUUAUCUGGUCAACUCCAAAUGGGCGAUCAGACAACUUCAGAGGGAAACCUCAGAGGAUGAGGGAUUUUCUCGGGAAAAUUUUUGAGUCGAAUUGAGAAACGGGAAUCUGGGUUUUAAAUUCGGCGUUGUUUUGGGAGCUGGGUAAUGAGAAAAUGGGGGAAAAUGUGGCGGCUUUGCAGACGGCGGUGAACUCCGUACUGGCUUUGGGGCGGGGCUUUGACGUGAACUUCGAUACGAGGUUGCUUUACUGCAAAGGAGUUUCGGGGUCUCGGAUAGUGGAAGUUGAUCAAGAGCAUACGAGGGAUCUGUGGCUGUACGAUGAUGUUUUUGUUCCAAAUGUUUCAAGGGACAUCAAGAACUUUCACGAGUCUUUUGCUGGCCGUCAGAGCUCUGGGGUUUGUGCCUUUAAUGAGAUGGUGGACUCUUUCAAUCAGAAGGCUAAUCUCUCUGUGGGUUUUCCACUCGGUAGUUUUAAUGCUGCUUUUAACUUCACUGGUUUAAAGCAUCUCGAUGCUGCAUCCACAAAGACCCUUUCAAUGGAUGGAUUCUACAUUCCACUUGCCAAAGUUCAGCUUUUACAGUCCCCAUUAGUGUUACAAGAAAAUGUGAAACAGGCUGUACCAACUAAUUGGGACCCAGCAUCCUUAGCGAGCUUCAUUGAAAAUUUUGGAACUCAUGUCAUAACAUCUGUAACUAUUGGUGGGAAAGAUCUGAUUUAUGUGAAACAACAUCAGCAUUCAACUUUGACAACUUUGGAGAUAAAGAACUAUGUCCAGGAUAUUGGGAAUCAGAGGUUCUCUGAUACAGAAAGCCAUACAAGUUCUGGUCCAAUGAAAUUGAAGGAUAAGGGUGUUGAUCCUGGUUUAUUUAACAGUCAGGGGAUAUAUCCGCAACCUACCAACGCACCAUAUCUUGCUGGGAAAGAAGAUGUGACGGUCAUUUUCCGAAGGAGGGGAGGAGAUAAUCUGGAACAAAACCACACCCGAUGGGUGAGAACCAUCAAGUCAUCUCCGGAUGUCAUUGAGAUGACAUUUUGUCCCAUAACAGCUCUCCUUGAAGGCGUUACUGGAAAGGAGUAUCUUAUUCGAGCCAUUAAUCUUUAUCUUGAAUAUAAGCCUCCAGUUGAAGAGCUGAGAUAUUUUCUAGAGUUUCAGAUUCCGCGAGUUUGGGCUCCUGUACAUGACAGAAUUCCUGGUCACCUAAGGAAGGAACCUGUUUGCCCAUCUUUGCAAUUCAGCAUAAUGGGGCAAAAGCUUUAUGUCAGCCAGGAGCAGAUAUCAGUUGGACGAAAGCCAGUAACGGGCUUGCGGCUGUGUCUGGAAGGAAGCAAGCAGAAUCGUCUGUGUAUUCAGCUUCAACACUUGGCAUCUCUUCCAAAGAUUCUUCAACCAUACUGGGAUACCCAUGUGGCAAUUGGUGCUCCCAAGUGGCAAAGACCCGAGGAGCAAGAUAGCCGAUGGUUUGAGCCAGUGAAAUGGAAAAAUUUCUCUCAUGUGAGCACUGCACCUAUCGAGAACCCUGAAACCUUCAUUGGCGAGCUCUCUGGCGUCUACAUAGUCACUGGAGCACAGCUCGGAGUCUGGGAUUUUGGGUCAAGAAAUGUCUUGUACAUGAAGCUGUUGUAUUCUAGGCUACCAGGUUGUACCAUCCGAAGAUCGUUGUGGGAUCACAUCCCAAAUGAGAAAUCAAAAAAGGUGGUAUCUACCAGAGGUAACUCCAAUACCGGAGACUCAAGUUCAGAUUCAAGAGAACACUCCGCGGGUAACAAGUUGGUGAAGUUUGUAGAUAUGACUGAGAUGAGCAAGGGGCCCCAGGAUCAUCCGGGUCAUUGGUUGGUCACUGGUGGAAAGCUCGGUGUGGAGAAAGGAAAAAUUGUACUGAGAGUGAAAUACUCCUUGCUAAACUACUGAUGUAAACUUGUAUGAUGAUGUGUAGAGCUGAUUUUUGUUAGGUAGAGGUGGUGUCCUUUUUGUUAUAGUGAAUAUAAAAUUAUGUUGAUCACUGGUCAUUAAACUUCGCAGUGUGAUAGGUUGGCUAUGGCGUAUGGGAAGGGAAGUGCUUUUUUUUUUUUUUUUUUUUUGGGUGGGUUUUGGGUAAAUCAAGGUUCCUGCAGAUUUGAGUGGCAAGAUCAGUUACAAGUAUUCUGUAAUUCCAAGGAAAGUGUGUACUUCUCUUCUACAGGUUUAGAAGGUGUUUAGAUGCUUAUUUCAUUGCAACUUAAUGCUGGGGCACUUGUGUUGCCUCCCUUUCCUUUCUACAUUUAUGGGAGAAAUAGAUGGAAAAAUUUGUUGGUUAUCAAUCUGCUUCAUCCCUUGGGUCCCCUUUUCAGUUUGCUGA